AUGGCCAAGCUCCGGGUGCACGAGCUCCGCGGCAAGAGCAAGACGGAGCUGCUCAACCAGCUGAAGGAGCUCAAGACUGAGCUGGCAGCGCUGCGCGUGUCCAAGGUCACUGGCGGCGCGCCCAACAAGCUCUCCAAGAUCAAGGUGGUGCGCAAGUCGAUCGCGCAGGUGCUGACGGUCAUCAACCAGACGCAGAAGGCGAACCUUCGCGCCGCGUUCGCCAAGAAGAAGUACGCGCCGCUCGAUCUAAGGCCCAAGAAGACCCGCGCCAUCCGCCAGCGGCUCACCAAGAGACAGUCUGAGCUCACGACAGCGAGGGAGGCCAGGAGGCUCAAAUACUUCCCCCAGCGCAAGUUUGCCCUCAAGGCUUGA